ACCAAAGAUUUUGCAAACCCUUUUCCUUUAUUACUUUGAGAAACGAAAUAUCUUUCUCAUUCUCUUUCUCCUUCCCUCCCUCUCUGUCUCUCUGUCUCUCUCUCUCUCUCUCUCGUGUAUGAACCGGUGUAUAUUUAUAUAGAUUCACGUGCGUUUGUCAAACUGGAUUUGUCGGUCAAUCUUUACUCGCACAAGGCAAGGGAAAUAAAAAGGAGUGUCGUAGGGAGCGAGGGGGUGGUGGGUUGUGUGUUUACAUUAAAGAAGACUGGAUAGGGUUUCUUUUUUAACUCUCUUUUCAGGGUAUAUCUCUCUUCAUCGAGUCCAAAGGAAAAAAAAAUAACAACAGCCAAGAUAUUCAAAGCCGUCUUUGCAGUUCUUUUGAUUUUGGGUUCUCUUUGAAAACAAAAGGAAAAGGAAAAGAAAAAGUAAGGUGAAUGGAGUUAGCUUUGAGCUUGGGUGAUCCCUCAAAGCCGUUUUCAUUUCUUGACAAAGCCCCAAAGUUAUCAAGCAAAGAUCUAGGGUUUUGCAUGGGGCUCGGAAAUGGGUUCAGAUCACAAGAGAAAGGGGAUGCUUUUGAAGGUGAAAGUAGAGGAGAAGCUACUAGAGAUGGACAUGACAAAAGGGUGUCUUCGGAUCCACCUCUUCAGCUUGAUCUUCUUCCUUUCUCCCCAGUUCCUCGUAGCCAACCUCCUUCUCAGCUUCGCUUUCCUUGGCUCACUGAUAAUCAAACGGGUUCAUCAGAAGGACAGGGAAGAGGGUUAGAUGUGAACCGGUUACCGGUGGUGGCGGUGAUGGAUGAAGCUGAGGAUGGGGCGGCGUUGUCUUCUCCCAACAGCGCGGUGUCUUCUUUUCAGAUGGACUUCGGGAUUAGAAACGGAAGCGGUCGAGGCAAGAGAGACCUGGAAGUUGAAAACGAAAGAGCUAGCUCAAGAGCCAGCGAUGAUGAUGAGAACGGUUCAACUCGGAAGAAACUCAGGCUCUCUAAAGAACAAUCCGCUUUUCUUGAAGAAAGUUUCAAAGAACACAACACUCUCAAUCCUAAGCAAAAACUUGCCUUGGCCAAGCAAUUAAAUCUUCGUCCUCGCCAAGUGGAAGUUUGGUUUCAGAAUAGAAGAGCAAGGACAAAGCUGAAGCAGACGGAGGUAGAUUGUGAGUAUUUAAAGAGAUGCUGUGAGACGCUGACAGAAGAAAAUAGGAGGUUGCAAAAGGAACUGCAAGAAUUAAGAGCCUUGAAAACUUCUCAACCAUUUUACAUGCAGCUGCCUGCCACCACUCUCACUAUGUGUCCUUCAUGUGAGCGUGUCGCUACCACUUCCACCACCGCUAAUUCCACCGCUGCUGCUGCCACCACCACCAACGUCUCCGCCGCUGCCGCCGCCGCUGGCAGCAAUUCCGAUGCCAAGACUGGUGUCUUACCACUGACUAAGACUAGAGGAUACCCUUUUUCUCCUCUACCAACACAUGUGACCCAAAGCCAGCCCCAGCCCCAAGCCCACCAGGCUGCUUCCUGAAAAUCAUUGGAUGUGACCAGUCAAAAGAUUUGACGCCCUUUUUUCUUUUCCAUAAUGUAAAUAUUCUUGGCUUGGAGGAUUUUAUUUUAUUUUAUUUUAUUUUAUUUUCCUUUCUUGAAUUUGUUAAUUUGUCUGUCUAGCAGUUUUCUUGUUGAUGGGAACGGGGGGAAAAAGAACACGAGAUUUGAGUUUUUGAUAGAUUUUGUUUUUGACUGGGGGUGGGGUGAGGGAGCAAGUGGAAGAAAUUUUGUUAGAAAGCUGCCUGUUUUGUUUGACGGGGAAAAGAAAUUAAUUAUUAAUAGUUACUGCCUAAUGUAAUCUAAUGGUUUGUGCAUUGAAAUUGAAUAUAAUCUUAGUGGUUUAUUUAUUUA